UUUUACGUAUUGAAUACAAUUAAUUUAUAGUAACUUAUCUUGACAUUCAGGAAUUUAAGAGAAAAUAACAAUGGAAACUACUACAACAAUAAUAUAUUUCUUAGGAUUACUAAAUUUAUCCGUUUGCAUUGAUUUUGAUGGCUGGCUCAAUAUAAAAAUACAGCACACGUUGAAUUGCAAGGGUGAGCAAUAUUGUUCUCGAGGAAAUAUUGCUUUGAAAAGUAUUCGGUCUGGGACUUCUGUUAUUGACCAAAUACACUUUAACAAACAACAUAUUGAAGAUCUGCAGAAAUUGGCUGAAGUAGAUGGAUUCUACUCAAUAAAAUCAUUGGUGACAUCUGCUGAUAACAAAGAGACAGAAUUUCUUUCAUCAGUAAAAGCCCAAGCAUUUCUGGACAAUGGCCUGUCUGAUGUGAUCAAUGCAUGGAUCCUCCCAAAUGGAGCUGUGAUUGCUGUUAACUUCCAAGUUGCCAAUGGGACCCAGCCAAUAGAGCAAGGCAGCCAAAAUGAGUACAAAUUGAAGUCUAAUUUCUACCUUCGACACAUAGAUCAAGCACCAGUACCAGACACGGCAUCCUACAUACAGAAGCUCGAGCGUGAAAGAGAAGCCAGAGAAAAGGGCGAGCUGAAAGACAACAGAUCAUUUUUAGCUAAAUAUUGGAUGUACAUUGUGCCUGUCGCCAUCUUCGUCAUGAUCUCGGGAGCCAGCAAUCCAGAAGCAGGAGCACCAGCGGCGCGUUAAUAACAGUGUUGUAGUAUAAAUAAAUAUUUGACACUUUA